AUGGCCGUCAACGCAGCAGACCGGCGCCGACGGACCGACAUCCAACGCAAGUGGCGGCAGAAGCUGGCGGCCGAGAUCAAGGCGCUGCGCAGCGAAGCGAGCGCGCUUGAAGCCACCUUGGUCGACCGCCGGGGCCUGGCAACCAUGCUGCCGUGGCGCGACGUGGCGCUGACCCUCGCCGACGACUCGCGCGCCUCGGUGCACCGCAACCGCGUCUUGAGGCGCCAGUACGAAGCGCAGCAGCAGCUGCUUCUCUCGCUGGCCCAGCGCGCGAUGCACGGCAGCCCCGCGCGGCCGCUCCUGAGCUACGACGCAUGGCACCACACGAGUCUCUGCGCGCAGGCACAUCGUCGCCGGUGCGCGCUCGAGUGGUCGACGAACGCCAUGCUGCACAACACGAGUGCGAUGCUGGAGAAGCACAGCGUGGCGUCCUCUUUGCAUCAUUUCGCCAACUACAAGAUUACCGCGACCGAGAACGACGUGUUCGAGUAUGUCUGGCACAUGCGCAAGACGGUGCCGCUCGCAUUCGAAUCCGCACGGCGCCUCGGCCACGACUGGGUCCAGCAGUACAUUCGAGGCGGCAUGUGGCCGCUCCUCGCGCCGUCCAUCGACCUCGACGUCUAUGGCCUGCCGCACACGAGUUAUGUGCAGACGACCCGUCUGCAGCCGCUGGAGCACGUGUGCUUUCUGAGCCGCGAGUUCCGCCGCAGCGAGACCCAGACCGUGAUUGUCGGGCAGACGAUGCACAGCGACGAGCUGCACCCCAUGACGACACCGUUCCGCCACCGCAUGUUCUGGUAUGUGCUCGAGUGCGUCUCGCCGACGUUGACGCGCGUCUCGAUCGUGCACGUGACGUCGCACCUCUGCACCGUGUCCGACGGCGCCGUGCCGCUGGCGGCCGAAGCCGAGCUCAUGGGCUGCGUCCUCACCGAGCACGGCGACCACGUCGACCAGCUGACGCGCCAUGCCAGCAUCGCUGCCGCCCGCGAGAUUGAAGGCAUGCUCCGCUACUUUGGCUGCUACGCCACGUUUGCGACGGCCGAGGCGAGCCAAUUGACCUAAUUUAACGCACCCUUGAACGCCCUUGGUGCGUCAAACCAAGGGUCCAUGAACAGACCUUGAGUCAUACCGCCCUGUCAUCAGCAUCGUAGUCCACCUUUAAGCUGCAAGGGCCAAUCAACGGAACCCGAGCUAGGCGU